ACCGCGCUUGAACCAAACAACAAGGCAGGCGACGACUCUCCGUCCGUCUCCCUUUACUCGCCCAUUUACUGGUAGAUCGUGCCGGUCUACCAACAACAAGUGUUGUUUUUGGGAGAAAUUAGAAAAGUUUUUUGAAGAUCUUGAGUGAAUGUGCGUAACAAAAAGCUUUUAUAGAGGAGUGACAUAAGGCUACACUGACGUAUUCGAAUCGUUUCGGACAUUGGCUUUUGUAGCAAUCAUCUCGUGCCAAUACUCUGUGCGAAAAACCUUGAAAACGCAAAUUGCCAAUAAAAAGAAGAACCCAACACCCACGCCAGGUGAAAGUGUGCACUAGGGAGAAAUACUUCCGAUACGUUCCGAAUGUGCCGAAGAUGAACGUCCAGCAGAGUGAAGUGCGCAAUCCUAGACCCACGAACAACGUCAGCAAUCCGACUGCAGCCAUGGCGGCGACGGCACUGGCAAUUACGACGACCGCCAACACCACCAGCUCAUCCGGUGCGUUCGGCUGCUGCCCGACGGCCAACGGUGAAAGCUCCUCGAUCGACGACUCGAUCGAGCUGAACGACAGCCAGGAGGGCGGCAACAACAACACGCUGUACCAUAAUGGGCUGCUCGAGAAGCAGGACUAUCACUUCCCGAAGCGGCCGCCGGUCGAUAUCGUGUUUCGCGACAUUCGCUACGAUGUCAAGCGUUUCAACAUUGCCAAGGCAAAGUUCGAAUCAAAAGAAAUUCUUCAUGGCCUUAACGGGUCAUUCAAGUCGGGCGAGCUGACAGCAAUUAUGGGCCCGUCCGGUGCGGGCAAGAGCACGCUGCUUAACAUUAUGGCAGGUUAUGUGUCGUCCGGCGUGAGCGGCAUGGUGCAGGUGAACGGAAAGAGCCGUUCGCACAACUCGGAAAGCUUCCGCAAGCUGUCCUGCUACAUCCAGCAGCACGACGCCCUGCGACCCUGGCUGACGGUGACGGAGGCCAUGACCUGUGCGACCCAUCUGAAGCUCGGCUUCGGCAUCGGCAUGGCCGAGAAGCGCAGGCUGAUCGAGAAGAUUCUGUUCAUGCUCGGGCUGGAGCAGAAGGGCAACACGCCAACGAUGGGCCUGUCGGGCGGGCAGAAGAAGCGGCUAGCGAUCGCGCUGGAGAUGAUCAGCAAUCCACCGAUCCUGUUUCUGGACGAACCGACGACCGGGCUGGACAGUUCGUCCUGUGCGCAGUGCAUUUCGCUGCUGAAACGGUUGGCUCAGGACGGACGGACGAUCGUGUGCACGAUCCACACGCCGAGUGCGCUGCUGUUCGAGAUGUUUGAUCAGCUUUAUACGGUGGUGCAAGGGCACUGCUUCUAUCAGGGGCCGACGAAGGAGAUGCUCCCGUUUCUCGGUGACCUUGGCUACCACUGUCCGAGCUAUCACAAUCCGGCUGAUUUUAUGAUGGAGAUCGCUGUUGGCGAGUACGGAGCUGAUGUUGGUAAGGUGAUCAAGGCGGCACUCAAGAAAUAUUACGAAAUCAGCAGCCGCUGCAUCGAGCUAGAUUCGACAUUCGACGACAACGUAAAACUGAUGGAAAGCUACUCGAUCGGUGGCGGUGGCAAGGCGGAAGAGAUGUGCAAGCUGCAGAAGCAGCAGGAAGCGCUGGACAACUCGUCGUACGAGGAGGAUGACAUCUUCUCCAAAACGAAACCCGCCUCGCUGGUGAUGCAAUUUUUGCUCCUGUUCUACCGGAACUUGCUCAUGACAAGGCGGAAUUAUUUCCUUUUGUUCUGUAGAAUCAUUGCCCAUGCGGCAGUGGCCACGAUCUUCGGCUACCUGUACCUUGGUGUCGGACCCAACGCUAACCAGGUGCUGGCGAACUAUGUCUACCUUUACGGAUCGAUGCUGAUGAUGGUUUAUACUGGAAAGAUGGCCGUCGUGCUUUCGUUUCAAAUCGAGAUGGAAUCGCUAACGAGAGAGCAUUUCAACCGGUGGUACAAGCUCGGCCCGUACUUCCUGUCCGUGCUGGUUCUUGAAAUUCCGAUACAGAUCUGUUGCUCUCUCAUUUACGUCGUGAUCAGCUACCAUCUAACGGGCAACUACGUAAACAUGGAGCGCUUCUGCAUAUUCGCGCUGUUCUGCGUGGCCGGUUCGAUCUGCGCCCAGUCGUGGGGCUUCUUCGUCGGAGCAACGCUGUCGGUGAAGCUCGCCGUAUUUAUCGGUCCAAUUUUGGCGGUACUGUUCUCCGUGUUUGGCUUCUGCACCCGGUACGUCGACAUUACGCCCGUGUUCAAGUGGAUGUGGCACAUCAGCUACUACCGGGCGAGCUUUCACGGCAUAAUGAACUCGGUGUACGGCAUGAACCGGGGCGAUCUGCACUGUCCGGAGACGCAGAUCUACUGCCACUUCAAGAACCCGGUCCUGUUCCAGAAGGACAUGGACAUCGAGCACGUGGACAUGCAGUCGAACUUUGUGCUGAUUAUGCUGAUCAUCAUCACGAUGUACAUCAGCACCGUGUUUGUGCUGUGGUACAAGCUGAACAAGCGAACAAAACACGAAAACAUCCAAAACGUCUUCCUCGAGCCGAGCCUUGAAAUGGCCGAGGAAUCGUAUGAAAUGAACCCGGCCAGCUCGGCAGAGCUGAACGGUGGACCCGCAGAUCCAGAGGCGGGAACAUCCCCGGUAUCCGGUGUCGGUGGUCGCCGGGCCGGUGCAGCAAAGCUAGACCCCCUACAGAUACCGGCAGUGCCGGCCGUGGAGCAAGAGAUAGCGGCACCGUCGCUGAUUGCCGCCCGACUGUUCAAACCGGUAACGGUCAGCUUCAAGAACCUGUCGUACUCGGUACGCAAUGGAAUAUUUCGCAAAGGUCGGGACAUACUGAAAGAUAUCAGCGGCGAGUUCCGGGCCGGCGAGCUAACCGCCAUCAUGGGCCCGUCCGGGGCGGGCAAGAGCACCCUGCUGGACAUUUUGGCGGGCUUUACUGAGGGUGGCUUCACGGGCGAACUUCUGGUCAACAAGCAGCCGCGGGAUCUGAAACGGUUCCGGCGGAUGUCCGCCUACAUCAUGCAGGAUCACGAUCUGCAGCCCCAUCUGACCGUGCUGGAGGCGAUGCAUUUCUCCGCCAAUCUCAAAAUCGGAGCCGAACUCAGCCCGGCGAGCAAAAAGAUUCGCAUGAACGAAAUACUCCGUGCCAUCGGGCUGCACGAGGCGAAGAAAACGCGCACCGGAAGGUUAUCCGGAGGUCAAAAGAAGCGGCUAGCGAUCGCGCUGGAAAUCGUGAACAAUCCGCCGGUAAUGUUCUUCGACGAGCCGACGAGCGGCCUGGACAGCUCCACGUCCACGCAGUGUGUCGCACUGUUGAAGCAGCUGGCCCGCGAAGGCCGCACGAUCAUCUGCACGAUACACCAACCGUCUGCGCUGCUGUUCAACAUGUUUGACCAUCUGUACGCUGUCGCGGAGGGCGAAUGCAUCUAUACCGGUGGCACCGGGAACAUUGUGUCGUUCCUGAAGGAGCUCGACAUCGUCUGCCCGGAGCAUUACAAUCCGUCCGAUUACUUGUUGGAAAUAGCAACGCACGACUAUGGCCGGCUGAACGACAGCCUGGUGGAAAAGAUGAUGAACGGGCAGAGCAACUUCUACCGCAAUCCGGAACCGUUCGCGCCGACGUUCGAGAGCAAGCUGCUGCCGAUCAAGGAAUCGUCCCCGGACGGACCGAUGGUGCUCCUCGAGAUGCCCCUGUUUCCCGAGCACGACAACGACGACGCCCGCAACCAGCAGCGGCCCGUCUCGCCCGUGCUGGCCACGCCAAAGAAACUCGCCAAAAAGCUGUCGUUUAACCCGGAGCGGUGGUGCGGUCGGGAUGAGAUCUAUACCACCAGCUUCUGCCGGCAGUUUUCGCUGCUGCUGCUCCGCACCUUUCUCAUACUGAGCCGGGAUCGGUCGCUGAUGACGAUGCGGUUCGCGAUCCACUGUCUGAUUGCGCCACUGAUCGGGAUGCUGUACUUCGGGAUCGGUAAUCAGGCGGCGCAGAUCUUCAACAACUACAACUACGUGUUCUUCUCGAUCAUGUUUCUGAUGUUUACCGCGUUCAGCUCAAUGACCAUGGCGUUUCCACUCGAGCUGCCGAUCAUCACGCGGGAGCACUUUAACCGCUGGUACUCGUUGCGGGCGUACUACAUUGCCAUGACGGUGGCCGACAUUCCGAUCCAGCUGCUCUGCACCGUCACGUACAUACUCAUCACGUACUACAUGACUGGCCAGCCGCCGGAAGCGUUUCGGGUCGGACUGUUUACCCUGAUCUGUCUGAUGGUCGCCUGGGUUGCGCAGGGGCUCGGCCUGCUCGUCGCAUCACUGUUUGACGUGAAGAACGGCGCAAUCUUUGGACCCUUCUUCAUCUGUCCGUUCCUGAUAUUUUCCGGCUUCUUCAUACACCUGACCGAUGCGCACCCGAUCAUGCACUGGCUGUUCCACAUCUCGUUCCUUAAGUACGCGCUGCAGGGCGCCGCGAUGGCCAUCUUCGGCUACGACCGGCCCCGGAUGGACUGUGACGAAACGUACUGUCACUUUGUGUUGCCAAAGAAGUUCCUGAAGGAGGUCGACAUGCUCGAUGCGGACUUUGUCGAGGCUGUGAUAGCGCUCGGUGUGAUAUUUUUCGUCUUUCGGGUGUCCGCCUUCUACGUGAUGCAGUACCGGAUGAAGAAUAAGAUUUAACUGUCCCCAAUUCUGCUAGGAAGCUAGUCAGUUUGCACCGCCUCCCGUCCCGUCACACAGAGCUUUUUUUUUGGGGGGCCGCCAGCUUCGCUCACAACUCUCACAUUCCAUCGCAUUGGAAAGCAAGGGGUGCGCACCACCCCGAGGGGAAUACAAAUUUUACGGUAGAUGGUAGUAGCACGGGAAGGAGCGUUUGCGUUAUUAUUGUAAGGUUGUAAGGUGGUGCGAGUAGGCGCUUUUUGUUUUGCAUGGAGGCGGAAAAGGAAGAUCAGCUUGUCGCAACAGUAGCAUUUAAGAAACGCAGAAGACUAAAUGGUUGUCGUACCCUUAGAGGGAGGGAGGGAGGUAGUGUGCGUACAACUCAACACGGCUCAUAUCUCUCGCCUAGCUUGCACGGUGUAAAACGAGGGCGGGCCACUAAUCCAAAAAAUUGAGAAGAAGCACAAUUGGGAAGCAUGCUGGUUACGUUUUUUGCUGCUUCGUAGGGUGGUAAGCUGUUUUUGAAUAAUGUUUGCAAGUAAUCAUGUGAUAUGUGAUGUAAAUAUAGCGCGCCUUUUACGAAUGGU